GUGUCCGCGAUCAGUCCCGAGGCUGCGCUCGCGGUGUCCCAGCAGGCCGUGAUUUAUGUGGCUGUGCUGGGCGGCGAGGCAGCCUAUAAUGGCUUCAGCAUCUCGGCUGGGACACCCGGCCGGCCCUCCAUCGGGUGGACGCUGGUUGGCACGGCUGGCCUCACCACGGCAAGUAGUGUGGUCAUGAGGGUUGGUGGAAAGGGAACCUCCGUCCCUCUGCAAACAAUCGGUAGCGCGGCUGGACUUGCCAUCUCCGGAGCAGUGCUGUUUUAUUUCAUCAAGAGAAUACAGAGCACCCCUUACAAUGACCGGGAGUGGCCUGGUGCUAGGGCAUGGCCCGCCACCAUGUCCCUCCUCACUUUCUUCAUCCUUGCCGCCUAUGCUCAAGCCCUCGCCUCCAGCAUC